AAAAGCAAAAUCAAUUUCAGUAGAGAUCGAGAGCAAAAGCAAAUCUUGGUGAAAAUGGGAAGGGAAGUUUCAGAGAGCUGCAUCGAUAGUCUGCUAACUGAAAUGGUAUCAACCUAUUGCACUCGGUUCUACGCUAAUAAGCCUGAGCUCGCCGCCCGUCGGAUCGAAGCCAUUGGUUAUCAGGUCGGCCAUCAGCUCUCCGAACGGUAUACAAUGGAGAGACCACGUUUUAGUGAUCAUCUGGAGGCAAUAAAGUUCAUCUGCAAGGAUUUUUGGUCCGAGCUCUUCAAGAAGCAGAUAGACAACUUGAAGACAAAUCAUAGAGGCACAUUUGUAUUGCAAGAUAAUCGCUUUCGGUGGCUUUCACGUAUUUCACUUGAUUCGUCCCUGGAAUAUACAGAAUCUCAAGAUCCUUCUGCCUCAGCUGAAAAUAAGGCAGCACAAUCAACCAGCAUGCAUCUCUAUUUUCCUUGUGGAAUUAUAAGAGGAGCUCUUUCAAACUUGGGAAUCCCUUGUGCAGUUUCGGCUGACAUAUCCAACCUUCCUGCAUGUUCUUUUGUGGUCCGUAUAAAGGCGUGAUGCACAUUUUGGCACAAGUGUGGGAUAAGAGCCGGGCUUUGAAGCAUGUAGUUAUCUGUAUUCUCCCUAUAAUGCUGAUGCACAAAACCGUAUUUGAUUUGAAAAUUUCUGGAUACCCCUUUUGAAAAUAUCCAUAGUGUAGCACAAUAAUAUUUUGAAGGAACUUCAGUGUACUUGAAAUCCGGAUGCAUAUAUUGUGAAGCUAUGUGAUAAUUGGUGACUAAAGUUUUCCUUCU